GGGCUGAGGAAGGAACGCAUUCACACGCACGCUCACGCACUCAGCGCCGACGCUCGCGCUCUAGAAGAGGAUUUUCUGCUGCGCAACACGUCUAAAGGUCCGUUUGAACACGAUAUUCUCGCUAAAAUGUCGAUGACAGUGAAAGCUUACCUGCUCGGGAAGGACGACUGCAACAAGGAGAUCCGUCGCUUCGCCGUGGAUCAGGACGUCUCAACAAGUUUUGACUAUUUGAACAGAAAAGUGCUCGAUGUUUUUGUCGGUCUCGGGACUGCGCCCUUUCAAAUGCACUAUAAAGAUGAGGACGGUGACCUGAUCGCCUUCUCCUCUGAUGACGAGCUGAUGAUGGGGCUGGCUCUGGUGAAGGAGGACACCUUCCGGCUCUUCAUCAAGCAAAGAAAAGAGCACCGACGUGACUCUUCUCCUCACGGCUUCCCUGGGUUCUCGUUCCCCGGGCCUCACGGAGCGGCCCACUUUACCCCCCCUCACCCGGGCCCGCCGCCCCACCACCCCCCGCUGGUGCACCCCGGGGUGACCUGCGACGGCUGCGAGGGCCCGGUGCCGGGGACCCGCUUCAAGUGCACGGUGUGCCCGGACUACGACCUGUGCUCGUCCUGCCAGGGCCGGGGCCUCCACAAGGAGCACGCGCUGCUGCCCAUCCUCCACCCCAUGAGCAACAUGUUCGAGUGGUUUCCUCGUGGGAAGUUAUGGCGUAAGAUGAGACACUGCAUGUGGGCGAAUAGCCAGGCUCAUGCUAAUGCUAAUGCUAAUGCUCAAGCUCAGGCCCAGCAGAACCCGUCCGGAGACCCGCAGAACCAGGACGCUCCGGCAAACACUGACGGCGCGGCGUCCUCUUCCCAGGCCAACAUGCAGUACCUGAAGAACAUCGGGGAGGAAGUGGCGGCGCUGCUGAGUCCUCUCGGGAUAGAUGUGGACAUCGACGUCGAGCACGAGGGCAAGCGGGCCACGGUGAACACCUCGACCCCCCCGGCCUCCAGCGGCCCGUCCAGCGCUCGCAGCGACAGCGGGUGUGUGGGGCUCCUGUCCCGGGGCUCGGGGCCCGGCAGCCAGAGCACUGAGGAGAGCCUCAGCGAGGGGGCCAAGGGCCAGAAGGAGCCGGGCAGUGACGAGGAGUGGACUCACCUGAGCUCUAAAGAGGUGGACCCGUCCACAGGAGAGCUGCAGUCCCUCAGGGUGGAGGAGGACGGGCCGGGCCAGGCGGCGCCGCUGAACUCCAGCUCCAGAACCACAGCGGGACCCACGGGCCUGCGCGAGGCGGCGCUGUACCCACACCUGCCUCAAGAUGCGGACCCCCGGCUGGUGGAGUCACUCUCUCAGAUGCUGUCGAUGGGCUUCUCUGACGAGGGCGGAUGGCUGACGCGACUCCUGCACGCCAAGGGCUUCGACAUCGGCUCCGCUCUCGACACCAUCCAGUACUGCAAGAGCCCUCGCAAGUAGAGGAGCAGGACACACACCCCGCGCAGGACACACACCCCGCGCAGG